AUGGCCAAAUCAGGUAAAGUCUAUAAAUAUUCUGUGGAACUUGAUGUUCAUGCUGUUGAUGCGCCCGGUACUCGAUUAACAACUAAAGGUGAUAUUUUCGUUAAUAUUUGUCUAUUGGGUGUACAUAGACGUUCACGUUUAUUGCCACCUCAUUUGCCCAUGCAGAUUGAUCAGAAGUUCUAUUUUGAAAAAACUUUUAAAUCUUGUUAUGAUCCUCGAGAUAUUAUUGAACGAUUAAAACGCGAACAUGUUCUUGUCGAACUUUUACAAGCAAAUGGAUCGGCACCCACUGUACUCGCAAGUUAUGAGACAAGUGCAAAAGAUUUUCUUUAUCCGUACUCAUGGGAUCGAAUUCAAUAUGCGGGCUUACGACGUUAUGUUCUGCUCAGUCGAACAGUCGAUUUUCCAGGAGUAUCGCCUAGUUUUGAAUUUACCGUUAGUCCAUCGAUCCAAGAAGGUGGCAGCGUUCGGAAAUCAACGAAAACUUAUAAACUACCGGCACCAAUCAAUUCUGGCAGUAAAAGUCCGAAACGGGCAAAAUCACCUGUGUGGAGACCAUCAUCUGCCUAUCCAAAUCGAUCUUCUUUGAACCAUUCACCGAAUGUAUCUCGCUCAGUAGCAUCGCAUACGAUAUCGUCAGCAGUGAAAAAUGAUUAUUCACGUCAUGACAUACAGGAGAAACUGAGCGAACUAGCUGUUCCAGGUGAAGUUAGAUAUGUUGGGCCACUUAAUAAAACACUCGGACGAGAACCGUUCGUUGUACGACAUGUUGACAAUAGCCUGAUUGGUCGUACGCCUAAGUCCCAUCUUGUGAUGGAUGAUGGGUUGAUUGUUAAUGAUUAUUCCUUAUCUCGAGCUGGAAGUUCGGCUUCCUUAUAUUCACAGGAUGAUGUUGCAAAUCGUUCACGAUCGACUUCUCCAAUGUAUAAUCGAGGUUAUCGAUCAACCGGUGCACGAACACGCUCACCAUCGCCAAUACGUCGUUCGGUACGAUCAUCGCGCUCUUUUGAUUUCGACCAAGAAAGACCACCUGAACGACGUUCUCACACACGAUUAUAUAACAAAUAUAGCAAUGAUAGUGGUGAUGAUUAUCAUGAUCGAGAAAACGAGUAUCAUUCGACUAAAGAUUGUGCGAUAUGUCGAUUACAUCGCAUUCAUAGCGAACGAAGUCGAAGAACAAAAUCUAUAGAGCAGCAAAAGUUCGCUUCAGUUUCAAAUCGUAGAUCAUAUAUACCGGAUAUCUACUCGAGUCCCGUGCCACGACCAGUAACAAGUGCGACAUUAGUCCGUGAUCCAUUUCGCAAUCGUCAUCGACAAUCACCAGCAGGCGAAUUAAGUGACAAGGUUAUUCAUACACUUCGACGUAAUCUCGAUUCAUAUAGUACACAACCAUGGCAUAGUUACUAUUCCGCUUUUCGUUACUCCGAUGGUCAUACCGAUGAUGAUGAAUUACUUGAACGUAGCCGUCGAUUAAUAGAAAAUUAA